AUGAAAUUGAAAGGAAAGGACAAGGAGGCACCGCAAGGAUUGUCAAUCGAUGAUUUCGCUGACUUGGAGCAGGUGGCACGCGAGCUGGAGCGUGUCGAUGACCAUGUCCGCCGCAUCGUCUUUCAAGCCGGUCUCGAUUACGAGACGCGGCCGAUUGUCGUGCUUGCUGCUUGCAACCUACCGGAUCCGAAGGAUCUUGACUAUGACUUCCUGCUCGACCGCAUCUUGACGACCAUGGACCUUUUUGUGGAGAACGAUUACACCAUCCUCUACCUCGCGGGAGGCGGCAAGCACCGACCAGGGUGGAAUUGGAUGUGGAAAGCGUACAGGCGGCUUGGGCGAAAAUUCCGAAAGAACCUCAAAAAACUUUACAUUCUCCAUCCAACCUUCUUCACUCGCUCACUGGUACAGCUCAUCUCGACCGGGGCGUACUUUGUCUCGCCAAAGUUCAGCAAGAAGAUCGUGCAUGUGCGAAGUAUGAGCGAGCUGGCGACGAUGAUCGAUAUUCGUCAGAUUGACUUUCCGCCUGAGGUGCUGGCGUGCAAUGCAAAGGUGGAAGAAAAGGUCAUCUUCCCCGAGGGCGAAAAGAUGGUCUCAGAGCGCUUGGGCGAAGGGCUGGACGGCAAGAUCUUCGGCGUACCGCUUGAGAGCAUCAUGGGCGAAAGGGGAGAAAAAGGCGGCGUGCCGCGUGUGCUGCGCGAUUGUGGAGACUUUCUUCGGAGCAGCGAUCGCCUGCGUGCCGAGGGACUGUUUCGCCGCUCUCCAUCUUCUGCGCUGCUCAAAGCGGCGCAGGAAAGCUAUGAUCGCGGCGCGCCCGUCAACCUUGACAACUACAACGAUCCAAACAUUGCUGCUGUCUUGAUGAAGCUCUUCUUUCGCAUGCUUCCCAAGCCGAUAUUUUCUGCGACCCUGUAUCCGGCCAUCAAAGCGUGCCCGCGGCUAGAAGCAGGCAACAACGAUGCAGAAGUGAUCACGUACAUCCGCGAUGUGGUACUCGGCGCGAUCGAACCACCUUGUAACCUCACCGUGCUGUCCUUUGCACUCGAGCUUCUGCAUUCGGUCUCGGUCCACAGCGAGAAGAACAAGAUGGACGCGAGCAAUCUAGCCACCGUCUUCACGCCCAAUUUGGUACGUAGUGGCAAUGCGUUGAAGGACAUGACUCUGUGCCUCGUGCAAGGCUCAGCGACCAUGUCAGAUGGGCCAGCUGCCCAAUGCUCGGCCAAGCCGGCGCAAGAAAGCGAGACGACGCUCGGUACGAUCAUCAAACUCUGCAUCGAGCGUCAUUACGAGAUCUUCGACGAGAUA